ACAAAUCAAACUGAGGGAUCCCAAUGUAAAAUACCCAAAAACAGCACCACACAACUGCAACUUUCCUUCUUCAUUUCUAAAAUCGUUUCGAUUCGCAUCUCCUCGUUCGUAUCUGUGUCUUCUUAGAAUACCAACUAAAGAUUUAAAUGCAUUCAUUGGCCUACACUCAACAAUCGCAAAUGCAAUCCAAAUCCAAUUCGAAUUGAAUCUAGGGUUUCCCUCUCGUUGCUAUUCACCACGGAUCUCGCAUUUCUGGAGGCAAAAAUUGACGGUUUGCGUUAAUUUCUGGACCGUGAAAAUGCACGUCAAAUCGGCGCCGACGUCGUUUCGGGAUCGGACACAAGAAUUCCACAGCAUUACAGAGAGGUUGAAGAAAUCGGGAUCAGGAUCCAAUGGACCCAGCAGUAGUAGCACUAGUUCAUCUAAAUCGGAGGAACAACGAUCUACUAUUGCAAAUCAAUCAGAGUUUAAUCGAAGGGCUUCCAAAAUUGGCUAUGGGAUUCACCAAACGUCUCAGAAGCUCGCCAAGCUGGCAAAGUGUAAGCAAUUUUGGUUGAAUUAUAAGCUUAUUUUAUUUGCAGUGGCAAAAAGAACUUCGGUUUUUGAUGACCCUACCAUGGAAAUCCAAGAGCUCACUAGUGUUAUUAAGCAAGAUAUUACUGCGCUGAAUUCUGCGGUUGUGGAUCUUCAAUUGCUCUCCAACUCUAGAAAUGAGAGUGGAAAUGUUUCUGCCGACACAACUAGUCAUUCAACCACUGUUGUUGAUGACCUCAAGACACGAUUGAUGAGCACAACCAAAGAGUUUAAGGAUGUUCUCACCAUGCGAACUGAGAACAUGAAAGUGCAUGAGAAUAGAAGACAGUUGUUUUCGUCUUCUGCCUCUAAGGAUUCUGCAAAUCCUUUCAUCCGUCAACGGCCAUUAGCUACAAGGGCGGCUGCUAGUACUUCUAAUGCCCCUGCACCUCCCUGGGCUAGUGGGUCGCCAUCUUCUUCUCAGCUGUUCCCUAAGAAGCAAGUGGAUGGGGAGAGUCAACCGUUGUUGCAACAGCAGCAGCAGCAGCAGGAGGAGGUAGUUCCAUUGCAAGACAGUUAUAUGCAAAGCAGAGCUGAAGCACUUCAGAAUGUUGAGUCCACUAUUCAUGAGCUUAGCAGCAUCUUUAAUCAACUAGCAACACUAGUUUCCCAACAAGGAGAGAUUGCCAUCAGGAUUGAUGAAAACAUGGAUGAUACAUUGGCAAACGUAGAGGGGGCGCAAGGGGCUUUAUUGAAAUAUCUGAACAGCAUAUCUUCUAAUAGGUGGUUGAUGAUCAAAAUUUUCUUUAUAUUAAUAUUUUUCCUUAUGGUUUUCUUAUUUUUUGUGGCAUAGUCAUUCUGAUGACAGAAGUGAAUACAAAUACACAAGUGACCACCUGUUUUUCAUUAAUAUUUAUUUCUCUAAAUAUAUAUUCAUCCCUGCAUUGUUUAACUUAAGACCAAGUUUAUCAAAUUUUAUAGUUGUACGUAUUG